CACCGAGACACCACAGCACUCGCGUAUAACGGGGGCUUGCGUGCGCCGGAGACACAAGGACGGGUUCAUUCAUCUUUCUAAUGCAACAACGGCGUUUUGAACAAGCGGAACAAUUAGAGAAAAACAAAAUCAACGGGGCUUCCUUUUAUAUAUAUUAUGUAUUGUCUGUCUGUUUUAUGUGUGAUUUCUAAUAGAACUGUCAACAUCGGCUGUUGAUUUUUUUUUAAGCGACUGCAGCAACAGUAGCGAAAAAAAACCCACACAUCUCAUCAACGCUGCCAGCCAAUCCAAUCCAACCGGGCUGAGCCGAGGACUGAGGAGGACGGGCGAGCCAAGCAAAGCGCACGACGCGUUUAAUUUAAUAUAUAUGUACCUCAAUGCAGAUACAGACACAUCUACUCAAAGAAACACACACGGUUACCGCCGCUGCGCUCGCUGGCGUGUCUGCUAAGCCCCUCGAUUCGGUCCGCAGUCUCUCUCUCUCACACACACAGCGCCACGAUGCAGGUCUCCAUGGCUUGCACGGAGCACAACCUGAAGAGCCGGCUCAGCGAUGAUCGGUUAUGCGGGGUGCGUUCGUCCUCUUCCGCGGCGGCGGGGGGCAGUUGCCCCAGUGGCGGGCAACUGGGCAACGGGAGCGGGCAUUACCAUCACCCGCAAGUCAAAGGGCGGACGGCGGUGUCGGUGGCCGUGCCGACUCGAAACGGGUACCAUAGCCUAGCCCACCUGCCGAUUUUCUUGAAAGAGACGACCGGGCGCAGCACGGGAAUGAAAUACAGAAACCUGGGGAAGUCUGGGCUCCGGGUCUCCUGUGUGGGUUUAGGAACAUGGGUCACGUUUGGAUCGCAGAUCACCGAUGAGACCGCGGAGAGUCUGGUGACGCUGGCGUACGAGAGCGGAGUGAAUCUCUUCGACACGGCCGAAGUCUACGCGUCAGGGAGAGCGGAAACUACCCUGGGAAACAUACUUAAGAAAAAAGGAUGGAGGAGAUCCAGUUUUGUCAUCACCACCAAGAUUUACUGGGGAGGACAGGCUGAGACUGAGAGAGGGCUGUCCAGGAAGCACAUCAUCGAAGGUCUGAAGGGCUCCCUGGACAGGCUGCAGCUGGACUAUGUGGACAUCGUGUUCGCAAACAAGACGGACACCAACUGCCCCAUGGAAGAGGUGGUCCGCGCCAUGACGUUCGUUAUCGAUCAUGGGAUGGCAAUGUACUGGGGCACGUCCCGCUGGAGUGCAAUGGAAAUCAUGGAGGCGUACUCCGUGGCGCGGCAGUUCAAUCUGAUCCCUCCGAUCUGCGAGCAGGCCGAGUACAACCUGUUCCAGCGGGACAAGGUGGAGGUGCAGCUCCCCGAACUCUUCCACAAGAUCGGGGUGGGCACGAUGACCUGGUCCCCCCUGGCGUCGGGUCUCAUCACGGGGAAGUACUGCGAGAGGGUUCCUGACUCUUCCAGAGCUGCGAUGAAGGGGUACCAGUGGCUGAAAGAGAAGCUGGGGAGUGAGGAAGGCCAACGACAGCAAUCGAAAAUAAAAGAGCUCCACCUGCUGGCUGAUAGAAUGAACUGCACCAUCACCCAGCUAGCCAUUGCGUGGUGCCUGCGCAGUGAAGGGGUCAGCGCCGUGCUCCUCGGGGUCUCCAGCGUGGAGCAGCUUGUCGAAAACCUGGCGUCCAUACGGGUCUUGGGCCACAUGAACCCCCAAACUGUGAGCGAAAUCGACAGCAUUCUGGGGAACAAGCCUCACGCCAAGAAGGAACCGCGGGCGUGAGGAGAGAGAGAGAGAGAGAGAGAGAGAGAGAGAGAGAGGAGAGAGAGAGAGAGAGAGAGAGAGAGAGAUAGAUUUCCUCUCUGCUUUCAUCUAUGCAUGUCUUUACAACAUAUCGCUUCUAUAAUAAUAAUAAUAAUAAUAAUAAUAAUAAUGAUGAUGAAUACAAUCUGCAGCAGCCUUCUUUCAAUCCUCUUCUUCCUCGCAUCCUUUUCGACGGACGGGAGACGCUCUUUCUCCUCCUGAACAGCAUCAGUCCUUCUCUUCCACAGGACCGGCUGUAUAUCUCCAGCACCUACCAGGGCUGUCUCAUUUUAAACCAAUCAGCUUCUAGGCUCCAGCCCCUUAAGAGCAGGCGUGGUCACGGCCGGCCGAUGGGAAGGAGGCAUGCCCCCCCCCCCCCCAGCACCCCCCCAGCACCCCCACCCCUAGGGACAGUCAAAGUCAGUCUGGAAGAAUAAGGGAAUACUGUGAAAAAAUAUAACAUUUCAAAACUCAGCACUGUGAUUAGACUAUUCAGAGUGGGCGGGACUGGAUUUGCAACUAGUGGCUGGUGAUUGGCUCUGCUGGCUUGGAAGGUGAAACGGCAGCCGAGGCCAGCUGACUCUAUAUACAGUAAACUGCCCAGCAUGCACUGGGACAUUAUUUAUAUAGGAAUGCAAUCUAUAUAUAUAUAUAUCUAUAUAUAAUGUGUGUGUGGUGUGUUUCUCUCUCUGUGGAGAGACAAGCUGCAUUAAUGAAUCCUCCAGUCUUCCAUUAGCUUGCUGUGUGUUUAUAUAGCGACUAGCGCACCUGAACUGGGUCGAUUUCAUGAACCAGAAAAGCCGUCCUUCCCUCAGCUUUACAAUCAGAGUACCAACAUCCAGGAAGGUUAACUCCUUUAUUUUUUUAAAGCCGAUCGGAAGCGAAUUUUCCUGAAGUGCUUUUUCAUGCCGGCGCCCCGGAUGAGAGGACGUCUCGGAUUGUAAAGGCGAGGGAAGGACGGCUUUUCUCGCUUUUUGAAAUCUGUGCGCUGACGAAUGGGUUUGUUUGAUUGAUUUAAACGCGGCGCAUCUUAAAGGCGGCUACGAGUAUGCGUGAAUCCGCACACACACACACUCCUAAUUUGCUCUGAAGAGAGCUAGUCUAAAUGACUUCCCCUUUAAAGCAAGAGAACUAUUCUAAAUGACUUCCCCUUUAAGACAGCUAUUCUAAAUGACUUCCCCUUUAAGACAGCUAUUCUGAAUUACUUCCCCUUUAAGACAGCUAUUCUAAAUGACUUCCCCUUUAAGACAGCUAUUCUAAAUGACUUUCCCUUUAAAGACAGCUAUUCUAAAUGACUUCCCCUUUAAGACAGCUAUUCUAAAUGACUUUCCCUUUAAAGACAGCUAUUCUAAAUGACUUCCCCUUUAAAGAAAGAGAGAGCUAUGCGGUGUUCAGUACAGCGCAAAACCAGCAGCAACAGAAGUGACUCUGGGAGGGGAAAAUGAAAUGUGGAUUAUCUGUGUGUUUGUGUUUGCUUGUUUGUAAAUAAUAUAUACACUGUAUUUAUUGCAAUGCGAAUGUUUAAAAUAUCUAAUUUAACAAAUAAAAAUACAACUCUGAAAAUG